AUGGGGUAGUUAUUAUUGAAAAACAUUGUGAAUAUUAUCGAGAGAGGCAGUCAAGAUGAAAAGGAUGCUGUUGCAUUAGGAUUGAAUUCAUGUGCAUCAGUCUCAAUACUUGUAUGCUAUUACAUGAUUUAUCAUAUUGGGAAGUAGAAAUUGAUUAUUCACCUACUAAUUCAAACAAUUAUAGUAAUACAUUAUGAGAUUGCAUUUUACGAAAGGAGUACUAUUUCAGCCUAAAGUGCAAUAAUUUACAUGAUGCAAAUUCAACUCUAUCUACAAAGACACAAUGGACUCUUUGACUACUUAAGCCAUUGUGCACUAAUCUACGCUAUUCUCAGAUUUCUCAUUAGGGAAUUCACAAACUUAUUGAUUUCAGAAAUACUUCUCAUGUUCUUGUGGCAACCGCUCAACCAUUAUUUGUUAUAUCUGCAUAAAUCGAAGAAACCCCAAAAGAAAGAAGACAUCACUACCUAAGUUCACUUUCAGACCAUCUCCUCUCCCCAAGCUCAACACACGCAAGGAGUGGAUGAAAUAGUGACCAAGACCAAUAUGACCGAGGACUUUUUUGAUUAUAUUCCUGAAGGAUUAGUAAUACUUGAUGAAUACUUCAAUAUAAUCAAACAUAACUCCAAGAUUCUGCAAUAUUUGCAAAUUAAGGAACCCUCAACAAUUCCAUAAUCGCUGGAUAGUUUACUCAAAAUAGCACAAAAAAACAAAGUCCCAAUGAAAGAUAAGGACAGGAAGAGACCCUUGCAUUUGAAAUCCAUGAAAUAAAAUAGUGAAAUGCACUUCAGCUACUCAGGUUCAUUAGCUUCUUCUUUGAAAAAGUAAUUCUGGACAUCAGAUAGAUAAUAAUUAAAUUACAGCUUCUAGAAGGGAGACUCUAUGAUGUAUCCCUCUUUGUAAGCUAUAAUCAAUGAGUUUAAAGUGAGGAAUACGAAUGAUAACAUAACCAUCAAUUCUGAAUCUUGUUGCAUAGUUAAAUAUCAGAUUAACCAAGAAUCCUCUAUCAAAUACAAAUAUAUCUCAAUCAAAAUUUAUGAAAUUAAAAUGCCAUCCAAUUUAAAAUCAACCCUCUUCUUAUUUAUUGUGGAGAACAUCACUAAUAAAGAACAAUUGAAACAAUUAACCAAUAGAUUUAUUUUCCAAUAAUAAUUAUUGAAUUCAUUCAGUCAUGAAUUAAGAACUCCUCUUAAUUGCACUCUAUCUUUAUUAUAGGCACUAAAAAGCAAAUUGAAGAAUGAUGAAAUCAAUAAUGAUUAUCUAAAUCCAGCUAUGGUUACUAGUCAUCGUCUAUUAUAUUAGAUCAAUGACAUUUUAGAUUAUGCCUAAAUUGAAUGUCAAGAUUUUAAACUUAACAUCUGUGAAUUUACUGUUGGUGACGUAUUCCAAACCUUAAAAGAUUUCUUUAUACAAGAAUGUGCACAAAAGAAAAUUCAAAUGAUAAUUGAAAUUGACUGUCUAAUUGUAAUCAGAAAUGAUAAAGAAAGAAUAACUUAAGUUUUAAUUAAUUUAAUAAGCAAUUCAAUUAAAUUUACUCCUUAAGGUGGAAGGAUUGUUGUCAAUGUUAAAAAAAGAGAUAACUUGUAUUAAUUUACAGUGUGGGACAAUGGAAAAGGAAUAUCUAAUUAGACAAUGUCGAAUAUAUUUGAAUAAUAGCAAAAUAUGAUCUUGAGCACCAAAGUUAAUGAUAAUCAAUUUUAUUCAAACAAAUUAGGAAUUGGCUUGAAAGUGAGUAGAGGCAUAGUCAAAUAUCUAAGCACUAAUGGUGAUUUAAUAAUCAAAAGUUAAUCUGGAUGCUACACUUCAAUUAAUUUCUUUGUUGAAGAUAAAUUUAUGAAAAUUGACGAAGAUAUUUCUGAAGAAACUAUCUUAAGACUAGCCAGUAAGAAUACAUUAAAGAAAUGUGUCUGUCCAUAAAUAUUAAUUGUUGAUGAUAUACCAUUUAAUCACAUAGCCUUAAUAGCAAUACUCAAUAGUUUCAACGUUACUUCAGAAAGUGCGUAUGAUGGAGACUAGGCAAUUGAAAAGGUGAGUGAAAGAAUAAGAAAUUCGUAAUGUUGCAAAUCUUAUCGUAUAAUUUUCAUGGAUUUAGAAAUGCCAGGCAAAAAUGGAUUCCAAACCUCCUCUGAAAUAGUGACAAUCUUGAAAAAAGUAAAUGCCCAAUCAGUCAUAGUCAUGCACUCAGCCUACACUGGAGAAGAAAACGUUGAAUAGGGACGACUGUGUGGUAUGAAAGAAUUCAUACCAAAACCGAUAUCACUUGUUACAUUGUAAAACUUAAUCAAUAAGUACUUUUCCUAAUAAGCUUGA